AUGUUCGGUUCCGGUGGAGAGAUGAGCAACGCUCAGCUCCUUCAGCAGAGGGAGUGCGUCCUGAGCAUCGCUCAGUUCCUGCAGCAGAACCCCCGAGCCUCGCAGGCCCAGAUCAGCGCCCAGGUGGAGAAGAGCGUGGUGGUUUUCGCUGCCCGGGUCAGAGCCCUGGAGACGGCCCGCUUCUUCUGA